CUUCUUCUUGUUCGCUUACCACAUGCCUGGCGUCAAGAGAACCGCUGCUGGUCGCCCACGCCGCAGCACUCGCAAUACUACUGCUGCUGCUGCUGCUUCUAAUGCUUCUUUUGAUGCUGCUGCUGCUGCGAGUGAUGAUGCAGAAGGCGAGGUGAUCUCCGUCUCGAGCUCGUCCGCGGCGGGAUCGUCGGAGGUUGUCUCGGCUGCUGACGAGGACGAGGACGACCACGCAACCCGCCCGAAGCGCGCGCGUCGUGUCGCUGCUGCUCGUGGCAGUACAAGUACGAUUGGCGACAGUCCGGUUGCCACCCGUCAACCAGCUCUCGCACCUGCAGCUGCAGCGGCGGCGGCUGCAGCAAUCGCCACAAGGCGAGUCCCAGCACCGCGCACAGCGAAACCAAUCCCUGCGUCACUCCUCGUUGACGACGAGUCGAACAGCGACGAAGAUGACUUUAUGCCUUCGUCAGCCUCAGGCUCGCAAGCUUCCCAGCCAACCCCGAUGCGCGGUAUGGCAUCCUCAUCGCCGGGUGUGACUCCCGCUCGCCGUUUCGCACACAAGUCUACCGAUGUCCUGAAUGCGGAUGUCAACAAUCAAGCCAUGCAUGUGGAUGAUGAUGAUGAUGAUGAUGACGAUGAUUGGAGCGCUCUCGCAUCUCCGAUUCAAGGCGCUAAAUUGGCACGUCCGACUCGCGCACGUCGCGCGACACGCAACUCCAACUCCAACUCCACCCCCGCUCGGAAAAGGUUUGGCCGUGCUGUUUCGAGCGACAGUGAUGAUGGGUCCUUCCACCAACAGUGAUGCUGUGGAGUCCAUCAGCUCAGACACGGCCAGCUCCAUGAGUGAUGGCAGUGAAUCGGACGUUGAGGAGGAAACAGAGGACUUGCUCGAGGAUGAUUCGACAACCACCGCCUCCACCACCGCACCAACCCCGCCGACACCUGCGACGCCGAGUCCGACAGCUGCGACUCUGAAUCGACGUCGGCAGCCUCGUGGCCGAGGUGGCCGUGCGGCCGGUGUCUCGAGCACCGAUCUGCAUCCUGUCGACCCGAACACCAACGAAGUUGUCGACACACAUCUAUCCGUCCUCGAAAAGCGGUACCGUAGAUUCCUUGAUAAUCGCCAUGAGAGAAUCUACCUCGUCCAUCCCGAACUGCGAACGGUUUGGACGGAUUUGGACGCGCGAAUUGCCAAGCGCGCUGCGUUGGUUCCGGAAGCGGCAGUGGUCGCGCCAGCCGACAAGGACGGGCCCGCUGGACCUCCGCGCAUGGCUGCUCCGCCCACCCUCUUGUUGCGCCUCCUGCCCUUCCAGGAGGAGAGUCUUGCCUGGCUUCUGGCUCAAGAGGCGUCGGAUUUGAAAGGCGGCAUUCUUGCAGACGAAAUGGGUAUGGGCAAGACCAUCCAAAUCAUCUCCAUGCUGCUCGCCAGCGACAAGCACCCCGGCCACCCCACGCUUAUUAUUACGCCGACUGUGGCCAUGUUGCAAUGGCUGUCUGAGCUCACCAAGCACACUGCACCCGGCACUCUGGCGGUGCACGUGCACCACAAAAAGACGGGCCGGGUCACUGAUGCUGCCGACCUUGCGCGGUUUGAUGUGGUGCUGACGACGUACGCGCUCCUGGAAGGGGAUUUCCGUCGCUCCACCUACGGCUCUGUUCGGAAGGCUGGCAAGGUGAUUGAGCCGUCCGUCCUGCAAAAUGUCGAGUGGCAUCGCGUGGUGCUGGACGAAGCGCAUUGCAUCAAAGACCGCUCCUGUAGCACCUCGCGUGCCGCGUUUGCCUUAAAGUCCACCGUUCGCUGGUCGCUGACGGGCACUCCCCUUCAAAACCGGGUUGGCGAGCUGUACUCGCUCAUUCGCUUCAUGCGUCUCGAUCCCUUCUCCUACUACUUUUGCACACAAUGCUCCUGCAAGUCCCUCAACUGGAGCUUUGCAGGCCAGAGGUCUUGCACAGAUUGCGGCCACCGUCCCAUGGAUCAUUUCUGCUGGUGGAACUCGGAAGUCCUCAAGCCAAUUCAGCGUUAUGGCGGGUUUGGUCCUGGCCGGGUUGCCUUUGAGCAGCUCGGGCGACUCAUGAACCUGUGCAUGCUGCGCCGCACCAAGCUUGAACGAGCUGCAGAUCUCGGCUUGCCGCCUCGAAUUGUCGUGACACGCCGAGACAUGUUUAACGAGGAGGAGGAAGACUUUUACCAAAGCCUGUACAAGGAAUCCAAGACGCGCUUCCAGACUUAUGUCGAUGCUGGCACAGUGCUUUCAAACUAUGCGCAUGUGUUUGAGCUACUGACCAAAAUGAGACAAGCGGCCAACCACCCCUACCUCGUCAAGCUCAACAUGGCACCAUCCGCAACCACUGCAGCAGAUUCCAUGCAAGUGUUGGUUUGCGGAAUUUGUCACGAAGAAGCGGAAGAUGCCAUUGUUGCCGCAUCCUGUCGGCACGUCUUUUGCCGGGAAGAUAUGCACCUGUAUCUGUCCUCCAGCGGUGUCGACAAGCCUCAGUGUCCCGUUUGCUUCCGCCCCUUGACGGUGGACAUGAACCAGCCGACAUUUGAACCCCCAAACCCGACUGGUGGCACUGCAGCAAGGAAGAAACCCUCCAUCAUCAACCGCAUGGUGUUGGACCGUUGGCGCAGCAGCACCAAGAUCGAGGCUCUCUUGGAGGAGCUGUAUCGGCUUCGCGCCGAUGACAAGAGCAUCAAGAGUAUCGUAUUUUCACAGUAUGUGAACUUUCUCGACCUUGUGGAAUGGAGAUUGCUCAAGGGUGGCAUUCGUUGCGUGAAACUGGAUGGCCGCAUGUCGCCGGAGCAACGAGAUAACGUCAUCAAGGCCUUCUCGACAAACCCGCAAAUCACUGUUUUCCUCGUUUCACUCAAGGUAAACCCCGCCGAGUGA